AUGGCCAGGCCCUUCCAGAUCCUACUGAUUCUGGGGGCCCUUGUAUUCCUCAUGUCCAAGAGCUCCCAAGCCUGGGGCUCACCGAAGGUGGUGAGAAAAUUUGAAGAUAUCCCUGGGACCUAUGUCUAUGUGCAGCAGGCACUCUGGUAUGCCAUGAAGGAGUACAACAAGGCCAGCAAGGACAAAUACAACUUCAGGGUCAUGGAGAUUCUAAAGUCCCAGGAGCAGGUCACAGAUAGUUUGGAUUACUAUAUUGAAGUCAAAAUUGCCCGAACAAUGUGCAAGAAAAUUUCAGGAGAAAAUGAAAACUGCUUAUUUCAACAGGAUCCUCAAAUGCAAAAGAUAGUUCUUUGCACCUUCAUUGUUGCAUCUAAACCCUGGAUGUUUGAACUCAAAAUGUUGAAGAAACAGUGCAAAGAUGUCUAA